AUCCUCUCCCAAUUGGCUUCGUCGCCUAACGAUGUGGCGUCAGGUCUUGCGCAAUGCAUGGAGGCCUUACGUCUCGUUUCCUCACUGCCAAGAUCAUCGCCUAUCAUGGUCGAGUAUUCGGGUACGAAGGGUUCCAUAAUCAAGGCAUUUGGAAGGGAGCAUCUCUCACGGGUGCCGUUCAGGACUGUAUAUGGGCUUAUCAAAGCCUCCAUGGAACUCCCUGACGACUCCCGUAUCAUGUAUGCUGCAUUCUAUCGUGAAGAUGGGACAGUUGAUCCCGCAAAGGUACUCAUCGAUGAAGACUCGUGGAAAGAGCUUGUACCAUAUGUGCAUACAUUGCAUAUCGAGGAC